AUGUCCUCUAUUGAAAUCGAGUCAGCUGAGUAAGUUAUGAAUUUUGCGGUUUUUUUCUAAUGUGUUAUGAAAAUUUUCCAGUGUUAUACGCUUGAUCGAGCAGUUUUUGAAAGAAAGUAAUCUUCUUCGAACUCUUGCUGUCCUGCAGGUAUUUUUUUCCGUUCUUAUAGAUGCUUAUAUUUUUCUUGAAAUUUUUGUAGGAGGAAACGAACAUCACUUUAAACACGGUCGACAAUAUUGAAACCUUUUCUCAUGAGAUCACCUCGGGCCACUGGGACUCUGUGCUAAAAAUAAUUCAGCCAUUGAAGUUACCAGCAAAGAAGUUGAUUGAUUUAUAUGAGCAGGUAAAUUUGAAAAGGUACAUGAAAUUUUGCUGUUUUGAGAUAAUAACUGAAUUGGUGGAGUUGCGAGAGCUCGCUACUGCUCGUUUGAUAGCUCGACAGACGGAUCCCAUGCUUCUUCUCAAGAAAAUCGACCCAGAAAGGUUGAAUUUGCUUUAUUGGCUUCCGAAAGGACUUUAAUGUUGUAGAUAUACACGACUUGAGAAUCUCAUAAACCGUCCUUAUUUCGAUUCUUCAGAAGUUUAUGGUGACGUAAGCAAAGAUAAACGGCGUUACAUGAUCGCUCAGGUAUAUUUGGAAGUAGCUUUUCCACUGAAAACCAUUUAUAGGCUUUAUCGGCAGAGGUUCACGUCGUCGCUCCAUCGCGACUUCUUGCCUUGUUGGCUCAAUCGCUCAAGUGGCAGCUUCAUCAAGGGCUCCUCCCUCCAGGUAACUUGGUUUCAGGAUGAGUAACAUAAUUUUUGGCUGUUCAGGUACGGCGAUCGAUCUUUUCCGAGGCAAAGCCGCGCUGCGAGAACAGAUCGAAGAGCAUUAUCCGACGCAGCUUGCGCGGCAAAUAAAAUUCGGAGCUAGUAGGAAUUCAAUGUUUUUCUUUAGAUUGUCUUUUUUUGCAGAUAGUUACCCUGAAUCAGCAUCUUUCUCGCCUGACGGUAACUACCUUGUCUCUGGUUCGAAAGAUGGCUUCAUUGAGGUAAAAGUUGAAGCAUCCAGAAGAAGCUCAUUUAUGAUUAAGGUUUGGAAUUACUUGAACGGAAAACUGCGCAAGGAUCUGAAAUAUCAAGUGAGUUUUGGGGGUAUAGUUUCGGUGAAAAAUGGCUUGAUUGAAGGCCCAAGAUAACCUCAUGAUGAUGGACGCUGCUGUGCUCUGUAUGACUUUCAGUCGAGAUUCGGAAAUGCUGGCGACGGGAUGUUCAGACGGGAAAAUCAAGGUACCCCCGGUUUUGUAUUGCUUGAAAAGUAGCGAAUAAGUUGAGACAUUUCGAUUUCUGAUUGCGAACGUUUAGUAUUUAAUGUUUAGAAUCUUGAAAGAUUAUUUCGCAGUGUUUUCAUUUCCUGUAGAAACCGAAUAAAUCCAAGUUGACUUUUUUUUUCUUCUUCUUCUUCACCUAGGCUUACAAGGUCCACCCUUUCUUUGGCUUAUUUUCUUUGAAAUUCACUCUUAUCUUACGUUUUCCCGCUCAAUUCUUUUCUUCUACUUCCUACGCCUUCGUACUGCUUGAACGGCGGCAGCGUCCCAAGUCGAUUAGCCGAGGUCCUAUCCUGAUAUAAGUGAAAGUCAGUGGACUGUCUCUAGUGACAUAUGAGUGUGACGACUGCGGAUUUUGAAGUCGUGGUUUACCACUACCAACAUUUUUCAAACCCCUUGGUUUGUUCGAGGCGGGGAUCGAACUUGUGACCCUAUAGACCGUAGACAGGCACCCAACCAGUUGCGCUACGGCGCGCCUCCUAAAUUCUUCUCAUUCAUCGAUAUUUUUUUCAAAACCUUUUCUAUUUCAUUCAAUCUCUAUCUGUGUUUUUCCUUUGCCAUAACUCAUAUAAGAAAGUUUUAUUGGUCAUAUAGAAUCUCCUUGAUUGGAAUUCAAGCUCAUCUUUUUCAUGUAUAGUCAAAUUUUGAAAAAAAAACUCGGGUUUGAGGUGUGGAAAGUGGAAACGGGAGACUGUCUGCGGCGGUUCGACAAAGCGCACACGAGAGGAGUGACGGCGGUCCGAUUUUCUCGGGAUAACACGCAUAUCUUGUCUGCAGGAAACGAUCACGUCGUACGGUAGGACCAUCGCUUUUUUUGUUUUUUCCUAAUAUAAAGGUAAAGCACUUCAGCAGGCCUUAUCUACGACCGUAGGGAAAAUUUCUCAUUCCCAAAAUUUUCCUAGUUUCCUGAUUUUCUAACUUAUUAAGAGUAGUCGAAUUUGAAUAAAUAUAUAAGAUUCAAAAAAAGUCCUCUAAUUCGAAGGGAUUUUUCUUUUUUUAAUUCGAAGUUUCUCGAAUUCAAGUUCUGAAUAAGUGGCGCUACAACUCGCCAAACUUUUUACAGGUAAAAUUUAGGGCUCUAUGAAGCUGCGAAAUUUAUACGUAUCCCUCCUAGUUCAAAGGGUUUUUCGAAAAAAAUAGAUCAAAUUAAAUUUUGCAUAUCUUUGAGCAAAUUAUGAAAGAUCGGUUCAAUUUGGAAUGUUGAAGAAAAGGUUUUUACAAAAUAUAGUUUAUUUUAGCACAGUUCUUUUUUCACUUUGAAGCUAGUUUUGCAGAAUUCACGGAAUGAAGAGCGGCAAAUGUUUGAAAGAAAUGCGUGGCCACACUUCGUAUGUAACUGACGUUCGAUACACGGAAGAAGGAAAUCAAGCUGUAAGUUGGACCAUUUACAUGAGAAAAGGGGAAAUCAUCUCUUUUUCAUUUUAUUUUUUCAUGAUAUUGAAAAAAAAAUCCACAAUCUUUAUAUAUUUUAAUCUCUUUGCUACUUUCUUCAAAUAACUAUAUUUUUUCGAACCAAACAUCGAAUGAAAAAAGAUCUGCAAACUGUCUUUGGUGUACGUUGGGAUCGAAUUUUCCGUUUUUAAAAUUUUAAAGACCCGUGAUAUUCUAUGCUCGUAAAACGGAUUUUCGAGAAGAUGAGUUGCAACAUGCAUGGGCAGACCAUUUUCAAAGGCCGCUCCUCCCAAGUUUUCCUGAAUUAAAGUUAAUACCAGCUCCCUGAGGCUCAAACUUUUUUUUUAUUUUGGCCGAAUUUACCUCCCUGAGGUUGAAUCGUCAUUAUAUUCCCGAUUUUUUGAUAUAUUUUUGUAAGCCAGCCCCUCCUCCCUGGCUGAAGGAGUUCUGCACUUGCCCAUCUAUGCUUGCACAUUUCAGACAGCGAAAAAAAAAAUCGAGCCUACUGACAAAACUUUUUUUUUCUUGUAGCAUGUGAAAUGCGGUACCCACAAAAACGUCUUUUUUGAGAUCUCUUGCUCGGCGGACGGAACUCUGCGCGUGUGGUAUCUGAAGACGGCGGAGUGCAUGACGACGUUCCGCGUGGCCGGCGCCGGCGACACCGCCGUACUCAACGUCCUGCCGAUUCCGAAGAGCGAGCCGCCGCAGUUUGUCGUCUGCAACCGCUCCAACACGCUCUACGUCGUCAACAUCUCCGGCCAGGUCGUGCGGACCAUGACUUCCGGCAAGCGCGACAAGGGAGAGUUCAUCAACUGCAUCCUGUCUCCCAGAGGUUCUCUCCUCGCUUGAUCCUUUCUCAAGUCGUCUUUUCAGGGGAAUGGGCCUAUGCUCUCGCCGAAGACGGCGUUUUGUACUGUUUCCUUCUACAAGCUGCUUCUUUAGAGUCUACUCUUCCCGUAUGUUUUUACCUCUCCGAACUUUUUCCAUGGAACAGUUUACUAAGGCUGAUGCAAGGUUCAUUACCAACUUUGGUGUAAAAUAUAUUUUCCAGCAAUUUUCUACAUCUCAUGCUACUUUUUCGAGUUUAGUUUUUUUUUUCGUUGCGAAUUUUUUUGAAGUUGUUCACGUUUUUACCAACUUUGUUCCAGGUAUGCGAAAAGAUGCCCCAUGGUCUGGCCCACCACCCUCAUCAGAAUCUCAUCUCGACUUUUGGAGAAGAUGCUCUACUCAAAUUGUGGCGUGAUUAA